AGAUUGUACAUUAGAGCCAUGUAGAUGGCUCUGGAGUACAUGAAAUCCCAAGUGCCCUUACCAAUAUGGCUACGGGGUUGUGGAGCCGGCGAAUGGAGGAGGAUAUGAACACGCACACCUCUUCCGGACACGUUGCGUUGCAUCAGAAUCUGAUCACAGACAUGGCAGAUUCAGGAGAGUCGGCAAAGGGGAAGAGGGCCCAGCCCCCGUGGUCACCACCAGCUGGAACAGACCCACCUAAACUCCGCCUCUAUAACAGUCUUACUCGAACAAAGGAGCCAUUUGUUCCACAGAAUGGGAAGAAGGUGCUGUGGUACUGCUGCGGACCUACGGUGUAUGACGCCUCUCACAUGGGCCAUGCCAGAUCUUACAUCUCCUUUGACAUCCUCCGAAGGAUACUGACGAAUUAUUUCAAAUAUGAUGUCCUCUACUGCAUGAACAUCACAGACAUUGAUGACAAAAUCAUCAAACGAGCUCGACAGAACUAUCUGCUGGAGCAGUACAAAGAGAAGAAGCCAGGUCCCUCCCAGAUUCUGCUGGACGUACUGACUGCAAGAAUGCCCUUUCAGGCCAAGCUUGCAGAGACAACAGACCCUGACAAAAAGCAGAUGAUGGAGCGAUUGGAUGUAGCAGUGACCAUGGCUGUGGGCCCCCUACAGGCAGCAGUGCAGAGCAGAGCCACAGACACUGUCUUACAGAGCCAGGCUCAGGUGUUACUAGAAGAGGCCAAGGAUCUGUUGUCUGAUUGGCUAGAUUCUCAGUUUGGCAGUCAGGUCACAGAAAACUCCAUCUUUUCCCUUCUGCCAAAGUAUUGGGAAGGAGAAUACCACAAGGAUAUGGAUGCCCUAAAUGUUCUUCCCCCUGACGUUCUCACCCGAGUGAGUGAGUACAUGCCUGAGAUUGUGGACUUCGUGAAGAAGAUCAUAGACAACGGUUAUGGGUAUGUGUCCAGUGGUUCAGUAUAUUUUGACACGACCAAGUUUGAUGCUAGUGACAAGCACUCAUAUGCGAAGCUGGUCCCAGAGGCUGUGGGGGACCAGAAGGCCCUGCAGGAAGGAGAGGGAGACCUGAGCAUCUCAGCAGACAGGCUGAGUGAGAAGAGAUCUCAGAAUGACUUCGCGCUGUGGAAGGCCUCCAAACCUGGAGAACCCUCUUGGGACUCCCCCUGGGGAAAGGGACGGCCGGGCUGGCACAUUGAGUGCUCUGCAAUGGCUGGCUCCAUAUUGGGGAAGUCAAUGGACAUCCAUGGGGGAGGUUUUGACCUGCGGUUCCCCCAUCACGACAACGAGUUAGCACAGUCUGAGGCCUUCUUUGAGAAUGACCACUGGGUCCGCUACUUCCUGCACACCGGUCACCUGACCAUCGCUGGUUGCAAGAUGUCCAAAUCCCUGAAGAACUUCAUCACCAUCAAGGAUGCCCUGGCAAAACACUCAGCCCGCCAGCUGCGUCUCGCCUUCCUCAUGCACUCUUGGAAGGACACGCUGGACUACUCCAACAACACCAUGGAGUCGGCCAUCCAGUAUGAGAGGUUCAUGAAUGAGUUCUUCCUCAAUGUCAAGGAUAUCCUGAGGACACCAACAGACAUCACUGGCCAGUUUGAGAAGUGGGAGGCAGCAGAGAUUGAGCUGAACCAGAGUUUCUACAAGCAAAAGGCUGCUGUGCAUGAGGCGCUGUGCGACAACAUCGAUACAAGGACGGCACUGGAUGAGAUGCGAGCAUUGGUUGGCCAGAGUAACACCUACAUCGCUGGCAGGAAGAGCACCAAGCUGUUGCCCAAUCGCAUGCUGCUGAAAAGCAUUGCUGUCUACCUCACAGAUAUUCUCAAGACAUUCGGAGCGAUAGAGGGAGCUGAGCCUAUCGGAUUCCCUGUGGUAGGAAACGGGCAAAGCGUGGAUCUGGAGAGCACUGUGAUGCCCUACUUGAAGGUGCUGGCAGACUUCAGGGAAGGCGUCCGGAAAAUUUCCAGAGAGCAGAAAGUAACAGAAGUCCUGCAGCUGUGUGACGCAGUCCGUGAUGACAUCUUGCCAGAGCUGGGCGUGCGCCUGGAGGACCAUGAAGGCCUUCCCACAGUGGUCAAGCUGGUGGACAGAGAGACUCUGCUGAAGGAGAAGGAGGAGAAGAAGAAGUUGGAGGAGGAGAAGCAAAAGAAGAAGGAGGAAGCAGCACGAAAGAAGGAAGAGCAGGAAGCGGCUAAGCUGGCAAAGAUGAAGAUUCCACCCUGUGAGAUGUUCCGCUUGGAAACAGACAAGUAUUCCAGAUUUGAUGAAAAUGGUUUUCCUACACAUGACCUGGAGGGAAAGGAAAUCAGCAAAGGACAGACCAAGAAGCUCCGCAAGCUGUACGAGGCUCAGGAAAAGCUGCACAAGGCAUACCUCGAGAUGGGCCAGAAUGGUAGCUGAGGCUGCUGGGAGAUGAUCCUGGCCACUGAUCCCCUCUCCUGCCCGUCCCCCAGGCAACCCUGCGUUCCGCCCACAGCGUCAGUCCGUCCAAAAUGCGGUCGGUGGAUCCCCACAUGCCCCAGUAGUGGACCUCGGACUGAGCUUGGUAUUUGUGGUACUCCUUCCCACAGGGUCUGUUUUUAAAUGAUAUCAUCCCCCUUUAUUUUGCUGUAAAAAUUGUGAUGAUGUGAAUUGCAUAGUUGUCAGAGUUGUCAGUAUCUUAGGAGAUGUUUUCUAGCAUUAAAAAAAAUGCAGACGUUCAACCACUACUGACAUAUUUUUUUCCCACAUUCAUUUUUCUAAAUGCCAUCUGGGUUGUGACCUCUGAGAGAUAAGACUGUCAAAUGGUCCCAUGCAGUCAGCAAACGGAGCAGGAGGGAGACAUUUAGUGACUGGUGGGGUUGGUGUUCUGGGUACAUAUCCGGACAUCCAAAAAGGGAAAAACAAUUGUAUUUGCUCAGCCAAUCCAUUAUUUUGUAAUACAAUAAUUUAAAGGUUUAAAUAAACUGACUAUUUUGUG